GAUCCAAUAUAACAUCAUUGUAACUUUUACUUUUUCCUAAUCCUAGUUACCUCGCAUAAUCUACAUUUCUUUUUUAAGAUGGCCCGUUCGUCUUCUUCCGGCGUUGAUUCUCUCAAUUCCUCAUCUCGUCUGCCUACCAGCGCUCCCUCAUCGCCUCCGCAGGCCGACGACUUAUAUAACGUAACAAUGGGUGUUACCUCGACCUUCACGGAGCAGCGGAUGCUCAAUGAAGAGAAGAAAGCUCGAGACGAGAACACUAGGGCUGAAGCAAAGCGACUUGCCGCUAAGAGGAAGCGCAAGAAGGUCCAAUUAUCGCCGCAAGAGCGCGCCCGCAAAGCGAAAGAACUAGACGAGCUUCUUCGCAAGAGUAAAAUCUUUAGCGACAUCCUUACACAGAAAACGAAAGCUCUUGGUCGUGUCGGUCGCGACUUCGAUAACCAAGCAUUGGCAGACGCUGGUUUACAAUUGAAACAACAGCCUAAAAUCAUGAGUGGUGGAACUAUGCGAGAUUACCAGUUAGAAGGUCUGACGUGGAUGUAUGAGAUAUGUUUGCAAGGACUAAGUGGCAUAUUGGCCGAUGAAAUGGGACUAGGAAAAACAAUUCAAGUCAUCUCACUUGUUGCUUUGCUUAGAGAACAGGAGAGUUACUUCGGUCCUCACCUAAUAAUAGCUCCGUUAAGUACGUUGUCAAAUUGGCAAGACGAAUUCCAGAAAUGGACUCCGACGAUACCAUUCGUGAUGUACCAUGGCACUCCGCAAGAGCGCCAGGAAAUUUUCCGCACAAAAAUAAUGAGGAACUAUCAGAAGGGGCGCCCCUCGCAGCGAUUUCCAGUGGUUUGUACUAGCUAUGAGAUGGUCCUCAGAGACCGUGCCAGUCUCUCGAAAAUCGACUGGGCCUUCAUCGUAGUUGAUGAGGGUCACCGAAUGAAGAACGCCGAUGCGAAACUCUUUAGGGAACUACAGCAGUUCAAGUCAGCAACUCGACUACUCAUAACAGGAACGCCUCUCCAGAACAAUCUCAAGGAAUUAUGGUCUCUCCUUCACUUUUUAAUGCCAGAAACCUUCCUCGAUUGGGAGGCAUUUGAAGUAUGGUUUGAUUUUAGCGAUUUGCAAGAUGAAGAGGGCACCACGCAGUUCAUCGAGGACAAGCAAAGUCAAGAUCUCGUUUCCAAGAUCCAUAAGGUUUUGCAGCCCUUGCUACUUCGCAGAAUCAAGGCAGAUGUGGCCAACUACUUACCAAAGAAACGAGAAUAUGUCUUAUACGCCCCUAUGACGAAAGAGCAAACGGAUCUUUACAAUGUCAUUGGAGACAAGAAAACCGACACCAGAAGUUACCUGGAGAGCAAGGUCGUCGAGCGGUUAACAGAAACUCGCAACAGUCCGAGCUCCAGGAAAUCGAGUCGUCAGUCAUCGCGUGUAACUAGCGCAAACACAAGCCAAGCGCCAUCACCACCAGCGAAAAAUGCGUUUUCGAUGAUGAUGGGUAAGAAAGGAGGUUCGACAUUGAAAGUAACGCCUAAAGACAGUUCUCCUGCGUCUCGUGUCAGAGGGACUAGCAAAAGGAAAGUCCCACCAACUAGUGAGGCUUCAUCUCCGAAGAGUAGCAAAUCAAGUCGACAAUCCACUCCAGCUGGUAGUAUUCGGGGCCGGCCACGUAGGGCCCGCGCUUCGUAUAAAGUGGCGGACGAUUCCGAUGAUGAUAAGCUGGAUGAUGAUGCAUUUGAGGCGAAAUUAGCUUCCGAGCUUGCUGCUAAAGAUGACGAGUCGGAUGAAGACCUUCGGGACGAAGAGGAAAUCGAGCGAGCUGCUACUCUCGAGAUGGCCAAGCUUCAAAUCGCCGAUAAGAAACUUGGAAACCCCAUCAUGCAGUUGCGGCUUGUGUGCAACAGCCCUCACAACUUCUACAACCCGUGGACAUUCGACGACAAAGUACCCAUAGACGAGAGCAUUGUGACAGCUUCUGGAAAGAUGCUGCUCCUGGACAGGCUCCUUCCAGAGCUCUUCUCACGCGACCAUAAAGUCUUGAUAUUCUCCCAGUUCAAAACGCAAUUAGACAUUCUGCAUGACUACUGUUCCGAGCUACGCGGAUGGAACGUAUGCCGAAUAGAUGGAGGAGUUGCUCAGGAGGACAGAAAGCAGCAGAUUAAGGAAUUCAAUGAGAAUUCUGAUUUCAAGAUAUUCCUGUUGUCGACGAGAGCGGGUGGUCAGGGUAUCAAUCUAGCGAGUGCGGAUACGGUGAUUCUUUUUGAUAGCGAUUGGAACCCGCAGCAAGAUCUACAGGCACAAGAUCGUGCUCAUCGAAUCGGUCAAACACGCCCCGUCGUCGUCUACCGAUUGGCGACAAAAGGAACCGUCGAGGAAGAGCUUCUCAUGAGUGCCGAUGCAAAGCGUAGGCUAGAGAAACUCGUCAUCAAGAAGGGGGGGUUUAGGACGAUGGGUCAAAAGCUCGAUAGCAACGAGGUUAUAGACAAGGAAAUCCUUCAGUCCUUGUUGUUGAAGGACGGCGAAGAAUAUCAGCACUCGGGAGGAGAUCGGAUCCUGAGUGACGAGGAUAUCGAUGUUCUUUGUGAUAGAAGCGACGACGCCUUCGAUCGAGCUGCGAGAGGUGCCGGUAAUGCUGAUGGUUUCCAGGUCGUUGAAACGGCCGCCGAUGGUAUUACUCAGAUGAAAGGAGAGUAGCUGUAUUAUGGACUUGAAAAUGGGUUUGUUUUAACAUAUAGGUAUGCGCUGGCGUUACUGAUUGCCGGGUCGGAUUAGAUCGAAUGGUGCAUCUAGCAUUACCAACACCAUUUCCAUGUACAACUGCUAAUUAGUAGAACUACAAUUAAGACGUUCUACCUCUAUCCUUUCUCGGUCAUUCCCUUCACUUGCGAUCCCAAUUGAUUUAUUCAAUCUACUCGGUUAAUCAUAUUCCGGCAGUAUCACAACUAUCCUUUCGGCGAUAACGCUAAC